AUGGAACAUCAGCUUUUUCACCAGCCAUCAACCACGCCCGUGAUUGUAUGCAAGCUAUGUGAACAUGUUAUUCGACCAAAAGAGGUUUUUCGGCACCUCCAAUCCGCGAAUCAUCGGAUCCCGAAGCCAAAAGCGCGCCAAAUUGCCGAUGCAGUUCAACAAUGGGAGCGUGCGGCGGAAUGUGAUGAAUGGCAGCCACCACUAGUAGUGAAUGAACCAAUUCCUAAUUUGCCUGUUUACUCGGAUGGCAUUUUAUGUGAGCAAGGCCUAUUUUGCCAAUUUAUUGCCCGGUCAACCACAACUAUACGACAACACUGGCGUGAUCAUCAUAGCUGGGUAGCUCCUAUCAACCGGGGCGGUCGUCGGCGGCAGCAUACUUCAUCGGCUGCGGAGCAACAAAUCCAGCAAUUCACUCGUAUCGUGCGAUGCCAACGUGCGUUUCCUCAACGGCUCGGGUCCCAUUAG